UGAGUGCGAGCGAGUCGAGCGAGCAACAGAGUCGCGAGUGAGUCUGCGAAAUUAAAGGACAAAAACACAAAAGAGACGCUCUCUUCGGGCAGCUCGCGAGCACCGGACAUGUCCAGGACGGCGCCGUCGUCGUGUCCGAGCAAUUUGUGAGCCGCGGCGUGCGGUCAUGGAGCGGCGAAGUGCGGCCAAAGGCCUGCCUGUCACUUUCCAGGCGAAAUCACUCACAGACCUGUAAAAUUUGUCGCCUCUAACUUUAACUAACAACCUGCAUCUCCGCUCUUCUUGUGCUUCUAACCACAGACUAACCAAACCACGGUAUCUGUCGCAAAACUAUGAGCAAGAGACCUGCUGGAAAAAUAACCCUCAGCAUGCUUAAAGGCAAACCCAUAACCACCUCGGUGCCCAGCUUUUCGUUUCGCUUCAACGCGGAGGACGAGGAACUGGAGGAAUUGCACCCCGAGGAGCACCUCGAGUUGCCAGAGGUGCCCGAGGAGCAGGUGAGCGGCGGCGCCUCUCACUCACCGGUCCACAGCAGCACUCCUCACAAUCCUUCCACCUCACGUGACCCGUCACCGAUGCACAAAGUGGUCAAGAGAUCGGCCAGUCUUGAGGAUAGCACUGGAUCUAGCAACACCAUGCGGCUUUUUAAUGAGCUCAAGGGGAAGAUCACCAAGACGGUCGAAGAGAAGCUCAGUGAAAUCAAGAGUGAGAAGAAAAACAAGACUGUCGAAGAAAAACGGAAAAUGCUCACCAGCAAGGAGAGUUCUAGCGUUAGUGACUCAGAAGAGUGCACCGCCCCCAGCACAGGCAGGAUUGAUGACCAGAGUCCCAGUCUGCAGAGCACUGUCCCCAGCACCCCAGGCACCGCAACACCUGAGCUAGAGGUCUCUUUGCCCAUUGACAUUCCAAAUGCCGAAGCAAUGGCCGAGGAGCCAGAUUUUCCCAUGGACUCGUCAACUCCAAAGAAGAGCCUGCCUACAACUUUAGAGGCGCCGUUCAAGAGCAAAGGCCGACCGAAAAUAACUUCAGAGUUGCGGCGCAGGAAGAAAAGCACUUCUAAUGAUAAGGUGAUGACCAUGUCCAAGAUCGGUGACCCCUAUGGUGAGGAUGACGAGAUUGAGUCGGCUGUGGAAGUUAACGAGGAGUCAAACUUGAGUGAGCAAAGUGUGGCCAAAAUCGAGCAGCCUGCACCAAACAAGGAUAUCAAGGACACAUCAUGGUCUUAUUCUGGAAAUUUGCUGCAUCUGCUUGGGCAGAGAACGGUCCAAGUCACUCUAGCCUGGCCUAUUUUUUGUGUGCUGCUGCCAGUGCCGAACUUUUUGAGGGACUUUGUGCUGGGCGCCUUGGUGAUGCACUGCUUCUACACAGCUUUCCAGUGGCUGACCGAGCCAGUUCCAUCCGAGCCAGAAAAGCCCUUGCUGAUUCCUGAUUUCAGUGCCCUGCCAAUCUUGAAGGUUCCUUCUGUGAAAGAGCACUCGCCCGUUACCAGAUUCGAAGGAUGGAUGAAUGAAUUUCCAUCUGAAUACAACCCUGAGACUUACCUCAUUAACCAAACCAGAUCAGUUUUCGUAAGAUUGGACGGCUCGAUGCUGAGAAUUUCCCUGACAAGGCAGAAAGUUCGGAAGCGUGCAAUGUGGAACGAACCACCACCGAGACGCAACUUUUACCACCAAAGAAUUUUUGACAUUGCUAAGUGCACUAUUAAACUAUUACCAGACGGAUUGGCUAGAAAAAGGAUGUGGAGCAAAAAAUAUCCCAUAUGUAUCAUGCUGAGACGAGACUCCAGAAUUGGAAUCACUAUUCCUGAAAAUGAUUCCUUCAAGGAAGUUGUUGAUGAUCAUGCCGAAGAUGAGGAGUUUGAGGAAGAAAAUAGUGAGGACGAAACGUUUUGUCUGGUGACCAACUCCAUGGUCGAUCAGCAGCAGCUCAUUUUGUUUGCCAGAACUGACAGGGAAAAAGAUGAAUGGUUGCGUCGACUUGUGGCUGCUAGUAAAUGCCUCAGCACUCCUGACCAGGAGGACUCUGUGACGCCAUCAGUCGAAUCCUCAAACGUUCCUGAAUUGCGGGUCUCUCCUCAGGGUACACCAGAGCACCGACCUCUGUCUUUAGAAGUUGAACUGCAUCAGCACAUCAGCAAGUUUUUACAACAGACUUCAAGUACAUCUGGAAGUUUGUCCAGCAGUCCUAAAAACAGCCCCGUUGGCAGCCCUGUGAAGUGCCCUUUGAAUAAAGCACCUGAAACUAUCAAAGAGUCGGAAGAACUACCCUCAGUAGGAAUUCCGCCACCUCCAGCAGACACGGCCUGGUUCAAUGCUCUGCUGAGCAGGGUUUUGUUCGACGUGCUGCGGGACAGUCAGUGGAGCGAGUGGGUCCGAGAUCGGAUUCAGAGAAAACUUAGCACAGUCAGGCUGCCUACAUUCAUGGAGGAGUUGACAGUGUCCGAGUUGGAUCUGGGAACCGCUUUGCCUGUGGUGCACCGCACUUCAUCACCACACAUGGACAACAGAGGUCUGUGGGUUGACCUGGAUGUUAGUUACGAAGGCAGCGCCAAAAUUUGUGUCGAAACGAAGCUGAAUUUGGUCAAAUUGACAAAGGCAGACAGUUUGGAAAGCAGCUCUGGUUCCAACAAGGAUGGACCAAGUUUGGCCACCAUUGAGGCAGUGCAGAGAAAAACCAUUGGGAAGUCUCCUAUUUUUGACAGUGAUCUUGAAGACAGUGCUGAAUCUUCAUCAGACGAAGACACAAAUGAAGUUUCGGCAGAUGACAACUCAGCGCCUGGUGCGGGAAGUAGCGGAAUGGGCAAAAUGCUAUUCAGAAUGGCCACAAAAAUAACUACAUCUAAAUAUUUUCAACAGGCAUCUGAAAUAAGUUACAUUCGUCGAGCAAUGGAAGAAAUGUCAAAUACCAGAGUCAUGGUGCAUGUAGAAUUAAAAGCCCUGGUCGGAGUUCUUGCCAUCAACAUUCCCCCUCCACCGUCAGACAGGCUGUGGUACGGAUUUAGAGGAAACCCUGAGCUGCGUCUGGCUGCCAAGGCCAAGCUGGGUGAGCGCCUGGUCACUCUCUCACAGGUCACCGACUUCAUCGAGAACAAGUUAUGCAUCGAGUUUCAAAAAGUUUUUGUUUUGCCCAACAUGGAUGAAUUGAUCAUUCCUGUUAUGAACGGCCGAGUCCCUCAGUAGCGGGGAAAACAUUCUUGAUCUGCGACUUGCUUUCAGUUGUUUAUUUUUGUAUAUGCCUGAUGUUUCAUUAUCUCUUGCAAUCCGUGACAGAUCACUUUAAAUUAAUGUUAAUAAAUAUAAGUUAUGUGACAUUGACUUAAGUUAAGUAGCUGGCAGUUAACUGUAUUCUUACAAUGAGUAAGUCAAAUCUGCACUGAGUGUGGCUCUCUUUGGAAUACUUGUGUUCACUCUAAAGCAGAGAAUUCUUGUAAUUUCUUCUUUCUUAGCUGUUAAAAUCAAGUAUUUUGGAUAUGAAUUUUUCAUCCUAUGAAAACUAACGUCCUUGUGGCUUUGAAGAAAUUUAAAAAUUCGCAAAAUAUUUUCCUGCAAAUGCAUCUCUAUAUCUCAUGUUAAAAUUUUUAAUAAUAAUCAAAAUUUUAAAUUUCAUAAUAAUAUCAAGUUUAAUAACAAUAUCAAUUUACAACAUAAUUAUAAAUUUUAAUUCACUGCGUUUCGACUCUGCCUAAAAUAUCUUUGACUAGUUCAUUUUUGAAACUUCUCUCUUUAGGUGCAUAUAUGGUCCGAAAAUCUUAAAGACUGAAACUGGAAGUAAAUUAAAAGACCCAAUCAAAAGGCAUGAGUUGAAACUACCGUACUGCACACGUUUUCCGAUUUCCAUUGUGUGUUGAGGUAAAAUUUAUUCAUCUUCCUCAAAUAUUUGCCCUUUCAAGACUGCUUUAGAGCGAAAAAAUGACAUUUUGUUGCGACUGAAAUGUGUAUUUAAUUUUUUUUUUACAUAUCUUCAAAAUCUUUUUACUUGCAGGAGUCGAUGUUGUGUAUUAGAAAUUUUGUGUUUAGCUGAAUGUGAUAACUGGAGUAAAGUUAGAGCAUUGAUGGUGAGCAUUUAGUGAUCUGUUAGAACAGAGUCGUAUUAAGGGCAAACAAUAAUUAUUAUUAGCCGGUAGUUAACUGCAGCUCAGUCCCCAUCAAGAGACAACAGUAGAAACUAUGUUUUGUAAAACAAAUAAGGCAUCCUUUGAAAACAUUGCAAAAUUGUAUUUUAAACUGAAAAUAUUGUUUCUUGCUGAGAUUUGAAGCUGCAGAUUUUUAUUGAACCAUUAUGCUUAGCUGGAAUAGUUGCAUCUUUUUUAUAAGACAAUGUGAUAGCUCCACAAGGCCUCUCCCAAAAACCCUGUCUCUGUGUUAUUUAAUACGCUGGUGAAUUUGCUUACUUUGAUGUACUUACCCUACAAUAAAGUGUUGAUUAUGAAGCA